GAGUCAAGGACAGUAAAAGCGGUCAGUGCUCCGCGUCUGCGAGUCUCCCAAGGCUGCACAUUCGAGAAUAGCAUUCGAACUGAGCGGUGCGACAGCCCUGCGAAUCUGAAGCUGCGGCUCGCCGGCGCGGCUGAGCACUCGAGCUCCAUUGUUUGGCCAUCUGUUUUGCCUGCUGCCCGCUAGCCUAGCCCUUGGGCCAAAAGGGCGACCUACAAAGGCUUCGGACGACCGGAUGACCACGCCUAGCGGAAGCUGGGCUGCGCGCUGCUGCUCUACACACAAGAAUCCUGCCGCGACGCGACUCGUACCGCUGGGAUUGACUUCUGGUCCUGGCCGCGGCGCUGCUUGCGUAUACGCAUAGCGCUGGCCGCGGACCUCCUGGCCGCGGCGCUGCUUGGCUAUACACACAACGCCCGCGAGAAAACUGCUUGCGGGCGGGCCCGCCACCGUCGUUCAUCGCACAGGCAGAGAGAAGGAUGAAGCUCGCCGUCGCAUUGGCGGUCCUCCCCGCCGCGGCCGCGUUCGUCGGCCCGGCGGCCGCGCCCGCCGAGACGCGGCUGCAGGAGUCGAAGUCGGACCUCGAGGCUUUGGCGAAGGGCCUCAACCCCACGAUUGGCUUCUGGGAUCCCCUGAACGUCGCCGGCGCGUCGGGCUCGCUCUACGGCUUCAACAACGAGCAGACGAUCGCGUGGUACCGGCAGGCCGAGAUCAAGCACGGCCGCGUGGCCAUGGCGGCCUUCGUCGGCUACUGCGUCCAGGCGAACGGCGGCCACUGGGCGACGAAGAUGACGCUCGGCGGCGCCGACUGGCCGUCCGGCUCCCCGCCGGAGCAGUGGGACGCGCUCCCGGCCGCGAGCAAGUGGCAAAUUAUCCUCUUCGUUUGGUUCAGCGUCGAAACUCGAAUUUUUGUGGUCGCGGCGAUGGCGUCGACGCGACGUUCUACGCACAGGUCGGCAUGCUCGAGCUCUUCGACGAGUCCGUCGCGCCGCACUACAUGAUGGGCCGCAAGCCCGGCAUGUUCCCGUCGUUCUCCGACGCGUACGCCGAGGGCGAGGGCUACCCGCACCCGGUGCCGUUCGACCUCUUCGACCCCUUUGGAUCGCUCCGGAAGCGCAUGGACACGGAGGAGAAGCGCGCGCGGGGGCGGCUCAUCGAGAUCAACAACGGCCGCGCGGCGAUGCUCGGCAUCUUCGGCUUCAUGAGCGCCUCGAAGGUCCCGGGCUCGGUCCCGGUCCUGACCUUCAUCCCGCCGUACGACGGCAACUACAUGAUCCCCUUCGAGGGCAACUUCCACAUGCCGUCGAUGAUGUAAGUGACGCGCGUGGCCGGGCCGAGGGGGCGGGCGGGGGCCGUAUAAAAAUAGCUUCUGGUGA